AUGUCUCCACCCCCUCGUGCAGACAGCCAAGCCGUCGACCCACGCCCUCCUUCUCGCACGGGCCCAGAGACAGAAGGUGCCCCUCAAGGUGUCGACGCUGAUGGAAAGGGCAAGAGCGUUGAGGGGCGUGGCCCGAGUUCGGAUAGCGGUGGACUUCCUCAGCCUGGCAGCGGCAGCAACGGCGCCAUCGCAGGCGGACAGUGGCCGCCUGGGUCGUAUCCUACAGGGCCGUAUCCUGCGCAGGGAUUUCAUGGACUUCCGCACCCGGGCGGCCUUGACGGGCAGGCGUAUAUGAACAUGAUUGCAAGCUUCAUGAAUAACCCCGCCCUCAUGGCAGCGCAAGGGUUCGGUCCGAUACCUCAGCAAGGCUGGUAUGGGGUCGAAGCGCGUGGCAUGAUGCCCGGUGGACCGGGUAUUGGCCAGUACAUGCCCCCAGGUCGCCCAGAUGGCCGCGAUGGGCAUGGCACGGUGAACGCCGAUAGACAGCUGCAAGCAUCUACACAGGAGUCUCUCGGCCAUGGCCGUGAAGCGAACAUAGAUCCAGAUCUUCGGACAGCCCAGAGCCGAAUCGCACCCUCUGAGGCUACCGUAACCCCCAACGGCGAUGACGUGGUGACGAUGACUCGAGCGGACAUCAAGGCGUUGGUGAUAGAGGAGACACAGAAAAGUGUCAUGGAGACGCUUGCCGGGCUACAAGAGAACCGCACAGACGCUGCUGAAAGUGUUCCAGUGGAAGUGAGGACCGCCGUCCACAAGGAUCUCCGCCUCUUGAUCGGCGUGAACAAGAAAGCGCGCCGAGGACGCGGGCGCAAACGCGCCUACAUCCUCCCGGAUCCGCUUCCGGUCGGUGUCGCAAAGCGCAAGGCACCAGACCUGACCACUCUCUUCAAUCCGGAGUGGGAGGACGACGUAGACGUGGGUGUCAAUGACGAGUUAGUCGAAGCAACCGUCAGCCUAGUGAAGACGAACGCCGCCCAGCAUAAGCUAUCGCCGGCGCAGGUAGACGGCGAGCUCAUCAAGAGGGCUACGGUCGUCUACUUCAACACGUUGAAGCGCCAGUAUCUUGCUGAUCACGAUGCGGAUGCUGGAGAAAAGCGUCAGAAAAAGAUGGACAAGGAUAUGCAUCGCUCACGCCGUCACCGUAAGGCCGAUACGCUCCGCGUCGGAAUCCCCGCAUUCCGACGUGCUUUCGGGGAGCCUGAGACCGCUGGGAUCGACGAGCUCGUCGCCACACCGUGGCAAAGCGAGGAGCACAGCUCGGACGGCGAUGCGGACCCUGAGGAACGACAGAAGUGUCGUGAAGACUGGGGCGUUGGGCCGAAGGCGCUGGAGGUGCGGCCGCUGACGUGGCGCUCCCGGAAGCUGACGAUGUUAUACAUCGUACUUGCCGUAUUCGCGCGCUUCGUGCGCAACUGCGAGGAUGUCGACGAUGCUGUUGUCACCGCCGCUGGACCGGAGGAGGCAGGGUCCGACAGCGAAGCUGCUGCUGAGGCACUCCGCGCCGAGUACUUGGCCAGGGUAAUUGCAGCCUCGAAGGACUGCCACACCGUUUACGCCAACAGCUGGCAAUUCUUGGAACGGUUCCGCGGUCCUAAGGCCAACGCCCGCACGAAGCCGCAUCGCGAUUCCAAGCACAAGAUCUAUAAAGAGUGCAUCAGUGACACAUGGGCGUCCAAGAGCACUGAUCGCUCUCGCAUCCUCAACAACGCACCGCUGUGCCCGCCGACCGUCAACAUCUUCGGUCUCGAGAUUCCGGAGGUCCUGAUUCCUGAGGCUGACUUGAAGUGGCUGAACGAGAUGGACGACUCUUCCAGCGACGAGUCGUCCGUGUCUGGUGAAGAAGAGUAG